AUGGACAAGAACAAAGAGACAACUUCAAGUCCUCUCCCCAAAGAUCUUCAAGAUCUCGUGGACAAGGACGAAGAGGACAGAGAAAUCCGCGCAGACUUCGAAAAUUCAUGGACCGCAACACGUUCUGAGGAUGAGUCUUCGGGCCAAGCCUCAUCCAAUCAACUGGAUAACGUUUCAAAGACGAAAGAUCAACCGCUGGAUAGAGCGGAAAAGGAGAAACAGUGUUGA